AUGUUAGUUACGCGACACGUGCUUGAGUGCGACGUGAUUGUCGACGACAUUCAUAGUAUCAAGAUUGAUACCACCACUCAGGAGCUUUACUUACACAACACGCCGGCAUCAUUGGUCGUUGUUGGUCAUGAUGAAUUUGGCAACACAUUCUCUAGUCUUGAUGGAAUCCCAUUUGAGUGGAAGAUUCACGCUGGAAGUGCAGGUUUAAAAACAGCAGGCGAUGGUGUGCUUCGCUUCCUUACGUGGACGGAGUCUGAGUACACCACGCCAAGUCGUAUUGGACUUCUUGAAGCUGAGGGAAUGCAAGGGUAUAUGCAGCUUGUUAGCGGACUUAGAACUGGUUCAGCUGUUGUAACAGCGACGCUGCGAGAAUCUACUUAUAGUCACGUGCCCUCUGCUAAAGUGCGUCUACUUGUUAUGGCAAACGCACAACUUAAUCCGCCAGUUCUUUAUCUAAUUCCCAGUUCAUUAGCAUGUUUUCAAGUGAAUGUUGUGCGACAAGAUGCUAAUGAAGAGGUAAUGAUGCCUUCGAAGCAGUAUUAUCUCUCUGUCGCGGAUGAAACGGUAAUCGAACUGGAUGCCGAUACUGGCUCAGCUAUAGUAGCUCUAAAGUAUGGACAAACAACAGUGACUCUUUUGGACAGAAAUGUUGAAGAAGCUAUUGAAAUGCUGGGAUCUGGCAAUUCCGAUGGAAAUGACACGGAAACACAAAUGUUAGCCCAUCAUCGGCGCCCGACCUCAAUAGUUUACGUUGUUGAGCCUGCGUACUUCCAAUUCACAGUUCAUCCUGUCGGUGAGGAUGCGCGGUUGUGCAUUACCGCUGCUCGUCAGUCUUUUUCCCAAAUUCUCAGUCAGGGUCAGUACAACCAUUGGACUUUGGAAAUAGGGAAAACAUACAAAUUGUUCCUCGACCUCUAUGAUCAGAAUAACCAUCGUAUUUUCCCAGCUGACAAUAUUCGCAUCUCAGUCAUAUUCCCAGAUGGUGUAUUUAACGUAUCAGAAGGAGCAGAGAAUGGAACUGUACACACCAUCAUACCACAAAAGACUGGAACAUUCACAAUCAAAUCAACUCUGGAAGGUGUGGCAGCGAAGACAGGUGAAAUGAAGCUAUUGAGCCAUCCGGUUACUGGAAGUCAGGAGUUGAUUAUUUACUCACCACUCAACGUGUUCCCUAGUCAAGUAAACGUUGCUUGGGACGCAUCAGUAAACGUCAGCGAAGGGUAUGCCCUGGCAGCGGAGGGUGGUAGUGGUGAUUACGUAUGGGCAGCCCUACCCGGAUCUGGCUUUUCAUCCUCUGAGGUCCAAACUAACAAGGCAGACGUAGUUGUCUCUGUAUCAUCCGGACUUUUAUUUGCAAAGGGGAUAGGCACUGCCUUGGUUGUUGUCUCGGACCUGCGAAAUCCGAGCAUGUGCGCUCACUCCGCAAUUCGAGUAAGCAAUCUUGCCAGCCUGAAUUUUUCACCCGGCCGUGCGGAGGUUUACCUCCCUAGAAGAUCAUUGUCCGAUGACGAAGGUCGACUUUCAUCCCUAUUGAGCGCUCGCUCCUCCUCUCUGGACUUGCGGGAUCUGAUACCGGAUCCUUUAGCUGAUGUGAUGCCACUAGAUAAACGUGAAAAGAUGGAAAAUGCUAUUCUGUCGGUGGGAUUAAGAGCCCGGGAUGUUGAAGGAAACUUACUUACUUACUGCCAUAAUUUACCACUUCAAGUAGUACCAAAAGACUCAUCGGUGAUCAAGGUUCUUCCUGGUGUUUACCACCUCCCACCCUCCACGGGGGGGGUUGACCGCAGCGGCGUUUGUGCUUUUGUUCGUGUUGUGGGUCAGCGUGGAGGUUUCACAGAUCUUGAAGUAUUUUACACUUCAGGGCAGAUUUCGGAGAAACGUGAAGCACAUGCACGGUUCCCAGUCGCUGUUUACAAAGAUAUUUCUUUCCUCCCUAGUACCGCUUUCGUGGCCGUUGCUGUUGGCUCAUCGAGACUCAUUUCUUGCAUAAAUGGCCCCAUUCCGUGGCAGCUGGAUGCUGAGUCGCACUUUGUCGAGCUGGACUUCACAGAACCCUCAGGCGGAAAAAAAUACCCUUCUGUUCUUCAAAAACCUCAGUCCUUUGUUUUGCAAGAAAAUAGUAGUAUAUCGGGACACAACUUUGUGCUCCGUUGUGAGUCCUUGGGCAAUUUUAAAGUCAUCGUAGUUGUUGGGAACCGUCCAUCUUCAACCAACCCCCUGCCCGCCGUAUUGUCAGCUACCCUUUUACUGAAUUGUGAUGUUCCUGCUAAAAUCGAGCUCAUUCCUCAUUUGGAUCUUCCAACUUUAUCUCCCGAGCUUCCCCCGUGUCCUAUCAUCAACCGUUCCUUGGGGAAUUCGGACACCAUUAUUCCAAUUUCGAAUAGUGCUCCACUAACUGUAGAGGUUGCUUUCAAAGGCCUUACUGGUUACGAACUAAGUGGGGUGGAUUCAAUUGGAGUACGCACGCGUAUUACUUCGGACACAGGCAAAGUACGUGAUAUCGUCUCCACGUCCGAACCCGUUGUUCUCGGACUUGAGAAAAUCAGUGGUAUUAAUGGGUCUGCUAAGCCCCACUUUUUUAUAACACCACGCACCUUGGGGGAGUCAGCAGGAUUGCUACGUGUGCAUGUAAUGGCUGAAUGUCAUUACCUGAGAGAGCAAUCUGGUAUUCUCGAAUCAGUUCUUACUCUCAAAAUGGCCCCCAAAGUUGUGAUCGAACCACUUGAUAACUUCCAACUUCUCUUGCACCCGAAGGCCUUUGCAAGGGUUCAUCUUUCUCACGGUUCGGGAUACUUCCACUUUGGUAUUGUACCGCAUGAAUUCACAUCGAAGCUCCCAAGUCAACCCUGUCUUUCGGUUCAGCUCUCUUCGAAUCGUGAAAGUGACGAUCAAAAAUCACAACGAGACUUUCUCCUAAGUCCAAAAUGUCAGGGCAAGGUGACAAUUCGGGCAACAGAUUUGUGCUUUCCAGCAAGGCUUAUCCCUCUUCGAGACAGCCGAAAGUCUAGAAUAAUUGAACCCUCCUUUGAUGAUCGCGUAGUAUCUAUAGUUGGACUUGGGUCACUUCGCCUUUACGCUCCUUCUCAGCUAGAGCUUCUAUCAAAGGCACAUGCUUACGUCCGCGCUUUUGACACCGAAGGAAAGGUGUUUCCUGCUCGUUUUGUCAAUCUACUGGAUUUGGAAGCAAUCUCCUCUGGCGGGCAGCCCACUGAAACCAAUUCCAUUAUGGUUGCGACAUGUUCAGACUCCCCCUCUGACUCUAGCAGCUUAGGGUUAGCGUCGAUUAGUGUUUCAGGGAAUCAGUUUUGGCUCUCUAAGCCUCCCACACACCUUGGUGAUCUUCCUGGUCUUGCCAAGCUGAAUCUUUGUGGCAAGGAACUCGGUCCCUCACAUCUGAAGGUCGUUUCUGGCUCCGUGACUAGUAAUGUUGAAAUAAUCAAUGUAUAUGCUCCGUUGAGCUUGAAGCCUUGCAACCUAAAUCUGCUGUUGGGAGCUGCACACCAGAUGGUAACUACCGGUGGCCCGUCCUCAAGUUCCGUGACUUUCAAAAUUACUCCUGAGUAUCCUGAACGACCCAAGCUGAGUGUUACAGAAAUUAUUGAAGAGGGAGGUAAGAAUGGAAUUCUUGUUCGUGCUGAGUUGGGUCGUACGGGUAGCGCCACAGUGUUAGCCAACGCCACCAGUUCCACUGGUUAUGUGGGAUUAGAUACCCUCGACUUCGACGCUUGGGGCCUCACGCCGCCACCUACAACUCUGUCCUCUAAGGCAUCCUGUCAAGUGAACGUUGUUGCACUUUCGGAAGUUCGUAUUGGUUGUCCUCUUCCAACUCCAAGCCGUAGUGAUGAAGGGCGAAUCUUGGUUGCCUCGGCAGAUAUGAAUUCUAGUGUCAAUGGUGUUCCCGUUUGGGUAGAGGGAGUCGCCAACAUUGGAGACAAUGAGGUUGCUGUCACUCCUAUGGGGCUAGCCGAUAUCCAACCGCCACUGCACUUUUCUUGGCGUCUUUCUCCUCCAAUGCCAAAUUCGCCCGCCCACCUAUCUCAUUGGCUCAGCCAACUUAAUGUUGAGCCCGAUGACACGAACCUUUCCUCCGGUAUAGUGGUCACCGGCGUUGCAGCUGGACAGGUAAAGUUGCAUUUGACCGUCUUCACGGAGGGUGGUUUAAUGACGGGUCAACUGAUAUCGCGAGAUUCCCAUGGCACUUCACAACCAGUUAAACAACUCUCCGUCGAGAUCAAUUUUUCUGUUGUGCCUCGUCUGACCUUGCUCACUCCCCUUCGUCAAAACCCCCGCAUCCUCGUCUCUCCCAACAGCCGGCUUCAGCUGAGUAUUCCUUCCCAUAUCCUUGCAAAUGGAGGUGUUCACUACUCUAUCAAGUGUCCGAGUGAUUCACCGGCGGAUAUGCUUCGGGUUACCCCUAGUGGCCUUCUUGAGUCUGGUGUCCGCGGUCGUUGCAAUGCCUGGUCGGAUUGGCGAUUGAGUCAGUGUCGUUGCCACCUGCGUGUGGACUACCGCCCCACCUCAAGCAACACAGAGCACAAUGAGCACGGUAGUCAGUCUCUUGGUCUCGACGUAGUUGUCAAAGCACCUCUCUACGUACUUGCUUUGGCACAAUCUGGAUCCCAUAGCUUGCCGAAAGGCCCCAGUGGUGUUCCCUUUGGGGGACCAUAUCCCAUUACGUUAUCCUUUCAUGAUGAAAUCGGCGAAAGGUUUGAUGCUGUCGCGGAGGAUUUGCUUUCCCUACGCCUGAACAAGCAUCGUUCCGGUCUUCUCGACUAUUCCAUCGUGAGUGGUGGAAGUAGCUCUUACUCUCCGAUCGGGCGCUUAAUGUUGCGACUCACUCCACCACUUCACACCGACUUGAGCUCACUACAGGCUGCAACGACUCUGGAAUUGGUGCAUGAUCCGCCUCCAAGAGCAGAUGAAUCGGCUAUCCUUGCACCGAGUUAUCUGACUUUCCCCAUUGGUCCCGUACUAGAUGUUCACGGUACUCGGGAAUUUAUCGUCGGUCAGUGGGCCUGCUUGCCUCUUCUUCCACAGGGAGAUGGAGUUUGGUCCUCGAGUGAUCCAAAUCUUCUGUGGAUUGAUAACCACUCGAAGUUCAUGCUUCCCUUGCGAGCAGGUCAUGUGCAUUUGCAGUUCACUCCAAGCACUGAGACUGGGACGCCGACCUCUCUCCUGGGAAAGUUGAUCCUGAACAGUAUUUGUUCAAAAUCGGGUGCGCAUCCUCAUUCGAGGCCUUCCACAUCGUCGGUCAUGCCCGUUGGAUUGGAAUUGACUCAGGAGGUUCCCAUUCAUUUCGUACUUGCUCCUGCUGCUUCUGCCGCCAAUAGCUCGUGUGCUAGUACCGUGGCGUGGUCCGUACUCUCUGAAAUUUCCCCUCUGACGUGCUCGGCUCGCCUGGAAUUGGGUGGCAAUGAAAGAGAUCCAACGCGGUGGGUGUCCCUUCCAAACUGGUUGCGCGGUCUACUAUUGGCUGAACGCUACGAUAGCGCACUGAGCUUAAUAGUUGAACCAGAUCUCAUGGCUGCGCUAUCGAACCCUGUCGUACAGUCUACCGAUUUCCGUACCAAACUGAUACCCUCAGUCAUGGAAGAGGGAGCAUGGAUAUGCGUCGUUAGACCUGGUGAUCCAGGCGACUAUUCUCGGCUAGCGGUUCUUCCUUAUGGAUCGCGUCUUGUAGUUGAAGCUAAAGGAAACUGCGGAGCAGCAUCUGAUGGUGUAGCCAAAGAAGUCAUCAUCAGGUCCGAAUUGACUUUGGCUCCCGCCUUCCGAGUUCUUGUUCCGUUACUGCACCUAAGCAAUCCGGAACCUCUGACGCUUACCCCUCGGACACCAGUAGCGAACCUUCUUGUCUUCAUCCCUCCGGCCACCCUUGCACAAAUAGAGUUCGGGGCUAAUACGGAGCAGACUCUAAAGGCACGGUCACAGCGACCCGACUUGGUGGCCAUAGCCUCCGCUCCGCGACCCGUCUACUCCGUUAGUCAUGUAAAGGCUGCUCUUGAUCACAUGGCUAAUGAACAAGGCUACUCCGGCGGAAUGGGUACCUUGUUUCGCAAUUUGAGCCUGAUGAUGGAAAAUGAGGCUCAAGCCUCUCUGGAGCAGGCAUUCGCCGUUGAGGCCAAUGUGGAGGUCGUGUUGAGCCUCAAGGUGACGGGCCAGCAUGUGUCCGUGCCGAUUCACGUCCAGACGCGUAGCCUUCGAGCCGGCGACUUGCCUGAGAUCGGCAGCGAUUUUGAGAACGAGGAAAAGGGCUACGGACCAUCUAAUGAUAUCUUUUGGAUCAACCUCUCAUGGUUUAAUCUCCUUCUCCUCAUCUUCCUUACCAUCCUGCUCUUACUUGCUUCUCACGUAGUGACACGCAGCCUCAGUGGUGCUGAACUCGGAAGUGCCGAUGAGAGGAAUCUUCCCCCACUGCCCAACACCGAAGAUGCAUCUAGCCACGGAAGCCUACGAUUGUGGAGUCAGGGCUAUGGGCUGCACGGUAGGGGAAACCCCCCCCAGCCAACGCACAUAUCACCCAAGUUCCGCACCCCAGCUGACUCCGCUUCAUCGCCCUUUGGCGACACCCUCGGACUCUAUAGUGGGGAACAAGUCGGUGUUACCGGUAGACCCAGAGGUGUUUCUUCACCCUCACGUCUGCGCGAGGCAUUUGACAAUAGUCUCUAA